UGGGUAUUGGGCCCUUUGGUGAAAUUUUCCGCUGAGAUCUGUCUGAAACACUUCAUCUCGAUCUCUAUCUCGUUUUGCUUUCGAUUUCGACUACUGAAUGUGAUCUUUACAGUCCGCCAUUAGUUCAUGAUUCUAAGAUCUUGAGCAUGGAGUCCCAGCCUUCCCAAUCGGGAAGGUCCCCGACUGACUAUUCCACCCUCGUUAGUAGACAAACGAGUCUUGGUCGAACUACUUCCUCCUCCUCCGCUAAAUCCAACUCCGAUGCCAGCAGCCAGAGCUUGUCUUCGAUUCUCAACAACCCGCACGCUGGAAAAUCCGAUGCGUCCUGGGUUGGCUGGUGGUCGUCUUCGUCCACCAUCAGCCCACCUGAGUUCAUGCCCCUGGCUUCCACCAUAGCCACAUCCGAAGUUACUCGAUUCGAUUUUAACAACUACACGGCCCUGAUCUCGGAUUCUUUUAAUCGAUUCGAGGACAUACGGAACCAUUCCAGCAAGGAGAACGGUGGCUUGGAUAGCAUUGGUGGCCAGGGAGAGGCCCUUGUGGCUUGUUUGAGAGAGGUUCCCGCGCUUUACUUCAAAGAAGAUUUCGCAUUGGAGGACGGGGCGACAUUCCGUGCAGCGUGCCCCUUCUUGAACGUAUCGCAGAAUUUGGUGCUGCAAGAGAAGCUUUCGCAUUAUUUAGAUGUGGUGGAAUUGCAUUUAGUCAAGGAAAUUUCACUGCGUUCCAAUUCUUUCUUCGAGGCUCAGGGGCAGCUACAAGACUUAAAUGUCAAGAUAGUGGAGGGGUGUAGCCGGAUACGGCAAUUAAAGGAGACCAUACGGCUCUUGGAUGCUGAUUUGGUGGAUUCUGCCAGGGAAAUUCAGGAGCAGAAUGCGACCAGGAACAAUUUGUUGGCUCUUCAGCAGAAAUUGAAGCUUAUUUUAUAUGUUAAUCAGGCCAUUUCCGCUCUUAAAUUGCUAGUAGCAUCAGCAGAUUGUGCUGGAGCUUUGGAUGUGACUGAUGAUUUACUACAUCUUCUGGAGGGUGAUGAACUUGCUGGUCUACAUUGCUUUCGCCACUUACGUGAUCAUGUAGCAGCAUCAAUUGAAUCCAUAACCAGCAUUCUUUCAGCAGAAUUUAUGCGUGCCUCAAUUCAUGAUGCUGGAGAUGUAGAUAUCGGAAUUAUAACUGAAACAAAAGCGUGGGCUUCAAAUUUAAUGAAUGGAAAGGAUGAAGUCAAGUUGGACGAGGAAGAAACCUCCAACUUCCGCGAUCGUCUUCUUCCUAUUAUUAUUGGAUUGCUCAGGACUGCCAAGCUUCCUUCUGUCUUGAGGUUAUAUCGUGAUGCAGUUACGGCUGAUAUGAAAACUGCUAUUAAGAAUGCAGUGGCAGAAUUACUUCCUGUUCUUCUAAUCAGGCCUCUUGACUCAGAUUUUGCACCUGGGGAGAGAACGAUGGAUGCAGAUGGUGGAGGUGUGUCACUUGCAAGCAAGCUGAGGGGCCUGUCAUCUGAAGGCUUUGUUCAACUUUUAAGUGCCAUUUUCAAGAUUGUACAGGUACAUUUGGUGCGCGCUGCAGAAGUGAAAAAGUCUAUCGAAUGGAUUAUGUGCAACCUUGAUGGGCAUUAUGCAGCAGAUUCAGUUGCUGCUGCAAUUGCUACUGGUGCUGCAGCUGCUGGUACAGCUCAGGAUACUGAUAAUCAAGGUGGUUUGCUUCUUCCACAUUUACCUCAGCGAGUAGCUGCAAAGGUUACUUCCUUACAAGGAAAAGCAAACGAUGCAGCAAAUCCUUCAAAUAUGUCUAGAAAUUUCAGAGCUGAUGUACUGCGAGAAAAUACGGAAGCUGUUUUUGCAGCUUGUGAUGCUGCUCAUGGAAGAUGGGCUAAACUCCUUGGUGUUCGUAUUCUUGUUCAUCCAAAGUUGAGAUUGCAAGAGUUUUUAAGCAUAUACAACAUUACACAAGAUUUUAUUACUGCCACUGAAAAGAUUGGUGGAAGGUUGGGAUAUAGCAUUCGUGGAACUUUACAGUCCCAGGCCAAAGCUUUUGUUGAUUUUCAGCAUGAAUCUCGUAUGACAAAAAUAAAAGCAGUGCUUGAUCAGGAAACAUGGGUUGAAGUGGAUGUUCCCGAUGAAUUUCAAUCCAUAGCUGAAUCACUUUGUUCGCAAGAGCUGCUUUCUGAAAAAGUCGAUCUUGCUCAGGGUAAUAUGGACCAAAGCUACAGUGAUGUGGCUACUAAUAAUGAUGCUUCACGCAUUGUAGGUGGUGGAUCACUCAAUGCUCAACAUUACUCUGAGCAAAUCGAUUCAAGUGACAUGUCUGGCGGCAAUACUGAACAUGUGAAACCUACUCCUGCCGAUACAAUUGAAAAGAGUAGAGCUGAUGUCACUAUUCCUACUAUGCAAAUUAACAAUAUUAAUGUGAAAGAACGUGGAAAAUCAAGUUCUCAGACUUUGCUACACAAAGGCGUUGGUUAUCACAUGGUAAACUGUGGUUUGAUCUUGCUCAAGAUGUUGUCGGAGUACAUUGACAUGAACGAUUCUCUUCCAGCACUAUCUUCGGAAGUUGUACAUCGUGUUGUGGAAAUUCUCAAGUUUUUCAAUACAAGGACUUGUCAACUUGUACUUGGAGCUGGUGCUAUGCAGGUGUCUGGUUUGAAGUCUAUCACAUCCAAACACUUGGCCCUGGCCAGUCAAGUUAUCAGUUUUACCUUCGCCAUUAUUCCUGAAAUUAGGAGAAUCCUUUUUUUCAAAGUACCUGAAGUGCGAAAGACACUGUUGCUCUCAGAGAUUGAUCGAGUGGCUCAAGACUUCAAAGUUCACCGAGAUGAAAUUCAUACUAAGCUGGUCCAGAUAAUGAGGGAAAGGUUAUUAGUGCAUCUUCGUGGCCUGCCUCAAAUUGUUGAAAGUUGGAAUAGGCUCGAAGAUUCUGACCCACAGCCCAGUCAGUUUGCUCGAUCACUUACCAAGGAAGUUGGGUACCUGCAGCGUGUCUUAUCUCGAACCUUACAUGAGGCUGAUGUUAAGGCAAUAUUUAGGGAAGUGGUCAAAAUCUUCCAUUUACAAAUCUCUGAAGCAUUUUCUCGAUUAGACAUAAGCACCCCACAAGCAAAGGAUAGGCUGCUUCGUGAUGUUAAGCACAUUCUUGGCUGCAUAAGAUCUUUGCCUUGUGACGAUUUGAGUAAACCUGACAUCCCAAACUGGGGGCAACUUGAUGAAUUCUUGGAUCAAAGAUUCGGAUCUGAAGCUGGAUAAUGAUGUGAAUGUGUAUUGACCAUUGUUUGCUUUUUUUGUUUUUUAUGAAGGGUGUCAUAUUUGAGGAGUAAAUAACAGGAUACCAGAAGUCAAUUUUCAACCUCUGUCAUCUCCCUUGUACAACUAAAAUAUCAAGGUAUAAAGUUUCGGAUUCAGAUAUUUCAACGAAGUUUUCCCCCUUGCCCAUUUUGCUGAAACACACAGCAUAUUGUUUUUACUGGCUAGGCCAACGCUUUUUGCUGCCCUAAUUGUAGUUAUGUUUAGAGAAAGAACAGAUCAAUUGGUUUACUUGAUGAGAAGCUUCAACCAGAAUAGAUUUUAGUUCCUUUCUUUUUCUUCCCCCCUCCAAUUUCGUGGCUCCCGUACAGUUAUGCAUAUUUGUAUUUUGUAGAGCAAAAUUUAUCUUUAUUGCUAUAAAUAAUUUUGUUUACUGCUGGUUAUGGCAUUUCUUGUCCGAUAUAUGCAAGUCUUAAUCAGUUUCAACUUUGCA